GUGUUUGCUAUAUAUAGAGAGAGAGGGGACGUUACCUCCAUAUAUACUCCAAAAUCAUAUUACAAGUGAUAUUAAUUUCUAGUAUAAACAAUGUCUUUUGUUAUGCUCAAGAAUCUCUUGCUAUCCCCUCUUCGUAAAUUCAUCCACAAAGAUUUCCAUGAGAUCUUCGAGAAAAUGACCCUCAUCGAUAAAUUAUUUUUUCUGAUUGUUCAUUUUAUUGAUAAGUACAACUUUUGGCACCGGCUACCGGUGUUCUUUGGGCUACUUUAUCUUGGAGCACGGCGGACUCUUCACCAGCAAUAUAAUUUGAUCAACGUCGGUAGAACACCUACCGGCGUUCGAUCAAAUCCGGCAGAUUACCCUUAUAGAACUGCUGAUGGAAAAUUCAAUGACCCUUUUAAUGAAGGAGCAGGCAGUCAAUUUUCUUUCUUUGGCAGGAAUAUGAUGCCUGUUCAUCAGGAUAAUAAGUUAAAGAAGCCAGAUCCAAUGGUAGUAGCAACGAAGCUUCUAGCACGAAAAAAAUUCAUAGACACAGGAAAACAAUUCAACAUGAUAGCUGCCUCUUGGAUACAAUUUAUGGUUCAUGAUUGGAUCGAUCAUUUGGAAGACACUCAACAGGUUGAGCUAAGGGCACCAAAAGAAGUUGCUAAUGAAUGCCCUCUCAAGUCCUUUAGGUUUAACAAGUCCAAGGAAACUCCUACAGAUUUUUAUGAAAUCAAAAAAGGUCACUUGAACAUCCGUACUCCCUGGUGGGACGGAAGUGUAAUUUAUGGAAGUAACGAGGAUGUUUUGAAGAAAGUGAGAACAUUUAAAGACGGAAAGCUGAAAUUAUCAGAAAAUGGACUCAUCCAACAAGAUGAAAAUGGAAAAAUUAUCUCUGGUGAUGUUCGUAACACUUGGGCUGGACUUUUAACACUACAAGCUCUCUUUGUUCAAGAGCACAAUGCUGUUUGUGACACUUUGAAGAAAGAAUAUCCAGAAUUAAAAGACGAAGAGUUGUAUCGUCAUGCAAGGCUAGUCACUUCAGCUGUCAUUGCAAAAGUUCACACCAUAGAUUGGACUGUUCAGCUUCUCAAAACCGAUACUUUGCUUGCUGGAAUGCGUGCCAAUUGGUAUGGAUUACUAGGAAAGAAAUUCAAGGAUACAUUUGGGCAUGUUGGCUCCAUUUUAAGUGGUGUUGUUGGAAUGAAAAAACCUGAGAAUCAUGGAGUGCCUUAUUCCCUAACUGAAGAAUUCGUGUGUGUUUAUAGAAUGCAUCAACUCUUACCUGAUACACUUCAGCUAAGAAAUAUAGAUGCCACGCCUGGACCAAACAAAUCUCUCCCUUUGACUAAUGAAAUUCCGAUGGAAGAAGUAGUUGGGAGUAAAGGAAAAGAGAAUUUAUCAAGAAUUGGGUUUACUAAGCAAAUGGUUUCAAUGGGGCAUCAAGCUAGUGGAGCUCUUGAGCUUUGGAAUUAUCCAGUGUGGAUGAGAGAUCUUAUUGCCCAAGAUGUUGAUGGAACUGAUAGGCCACAUCAUAUUGACCUUGCAGCCCUUGAAAUUUAUAGAGAUAGAGAAAGAAGUGUGGCUAGGUACAAUGACUUUCGAAGAGGAAUGCUACAAAUUCCUAUUUCGAAAUGGGAAGAUUUGACGGAUGAUGAAGAAGCAAUCAAAACACUUCGUGAAGUAUAUGAUGAUGAUAUAGAAGAGUUGGAUUUAUUAGUGGGACUCAUGGCGGAGAAAAAGAUUAAAGGAUUUGCCAUUUCAGAAACUGCGUUCAACAUAUUCCUUCUCAUGGCUAUAAGGAGGUUAGAGGCAGACAGAUUUUUCACGAGUAACUAUAACGAGGAGACGUAUACAAAGAAAGGAUUGGAAUGGGUGAAUACUACUGAAGGUUUGAAAGAUGUGUUAGAUCGUCACUAUCCAGAAAUGACUGAAAAAUGGAUGAAUUCAAACAGUGCAUUUUCUGUUUGGGACUCUUCUCCAGAACCUCACAAUCCUAUUCCACUCUAUUUUCGUGUUCCUCAGUAGUAGACCUCAAAAUCAUGUGUGUAACUUUUUAUUAAUACCGUAAUAUGUACAAGUUUGUAUUUAAGGUGUCUUGCUCUAUUUUAUCAAAAUAAUCUAUUGUUUCUUGA